AUGAUAAGUUAAUCAGAAUUAGUUGACUUUUAAAAACAUGAAUGUAAAUUUAAAUAUAGAGGAGAACGAAAUUUCGAAUAUAAAUUUGAAAACCCAAAAGAUAUAAAAUGGAAAUAUAUUUUUUUUACAGCUUUAAUCAUAAUUUUAAUCCCGUCCAUUUAUUUUGUUAAAAAAGGUAAUCCAAACAGAAUUUCAAAGCCUUUUGAUGCUUCAGGUUAAUAAUGUGGAAAUGGUUAACUAUAAGAAUAUCCUUAUAUAUAUUUUACAACCCCAGAUGAGAAAUAUUUGUAUAGAACAGUUUGUGUAAAAACAUGCCCUGAAAUAAAAUACUAACCAAAACCUCGUGAUAAACUUGAUUGUUUUCCUAAUACAGUCGUAACUUCUUGUUAAUUAAAUAUAAAUUAUGACUAAACAAAAAUAUGUAUGCCUACUAAUACUAAUUAUUUUUAUUUGGUUUAAAGUGCUUUUUAAAUUAGUUCUUUUGAAUUAUUUAUAAAUGAUAUUAAAUCGAGUUAUUUAUUUUUAAUAAUCUAUGCAUUUUUGGCAAUUAUAUUAGUGUAAUAUAUAUAUAGUUAUUUUUAAUUCAUUAUUUAUAAUAGAUAUUCAAUUUUAUAUUUUAUUAAAUUCUUUCCUAAAAUUACUCUUUAUUUUUUCAGUUUAUUUAGUACUAUUGGAUUAGUUGCUAUGGCAACAGGAUUAUUUUUGUAUUUAUAAAAAAUACAAAAUCUAAAAGAACCGUAAAAUUAUUUAUUAUUCUUUUUUAUUAUAUUAAAAAAUAAAAUACAUGUAUUUUUUUAUUUAUAAAAAAAUAAAAAAAAAAUAGUGAUAUUUCGAAAGUUUAAGAAAGUGGAAAAUUAUUAAAUAAAUCUGUUUAAAAUUAAAACACGAAUAUUACAUUUAUUAUAACUUUUUUAGUUUUUAUAAUAUUAUAUUUAUUAUAUUCACUCUAUAAAAUAAUAUUCAAAAGAUAAAUAUAUAACUAAUUAGAUAUUAUGA